UCUUCAAACAGAGUGACGGCGGUGCGUCGGCUCAAUAUUCUUGCGCGGUUCCGGAAGGAGCCUUCGCCAGCUAUCAUCGCAAAACCGACUGUCACAGGCAAUGGGCCCUUCGUGGCAUUGCCCGAGUUCGAGCCCAUAGGCAGUCCCAGUCACCUUCUCAAUGUGAGCCUUCCAUCGUCAUCCAAAUUAAACAUAAGGUCAGGGUCCAUGGUGGCCAUCGAUGGUGACUUGAGCAAGCUUGCCAGCACUACCAGGUGGCUUACUCCCCAUACAGACUACGAGGAGGUCCGCACCAAUGCCGCUGUAUCCCUCGUCAUCAACGGAAAUGGAGAAAACUACUCCAUAAUAGACAUCAAGGAUGCACGCGAACAGUGGUCCAUUCUCAGAGACGACAGCAUUGUUGCAUGGACUGGCUUCAGUCUCAAAUUAACACCCACAAGCAUUGUACGCCGUGAGAACAGCUUUUUGAGCUACGGAAAGGGUGUGAUUGUGGUGAACUCUCCCACCCAGCUUCUUGAGAUCACCUUAAAAGAGGGAGAAGAAAUGGUUGUCAACCCCGACUCGCUCGUGGCCACUUCUACCACA